AUGUCCACCCGAAGAUCGAAACGUUUCACCCCUCCCAUUUCGAGCGAAGCGCCCUCUUCAGACCGCUCUCGCCGCCUCAAAGUGAUCCUCAGUAUCACCCUUGGGACGCUUGCGUUGUUCGCGGUCAUGUUGGGCUUCUGUAUAUUCUGGGUCAGGCGACGCCGAUACAAACUGCUGGAGAAGGAUGAGCAGUUGGCGACGGAGCCCGCGGAUGAAGUGGUCGUCCUUCCGUCUGCCUCUCCUCGCGGCGAAUACCCACAUUUGCUCGACUCGAAGAAUGUCCGCGCCAUUUCACCGGUAGAGCUCGAGGCAACACCUGUCCGACAAUCAUUUCAUCCCGGCAUUGUCGCAAAGUAG